UUUUGUUUCAGCUUUAUUAGCCGCCAUCGGAAUCAAAAUAGUCUACGGCCACUAUUUCGUCCAUUUUUUUGUAUGGAUUCCGAAUCAAACACGACUGCACGCGGAACACUAUGGACUCUUCCUCGUUGAACCGAGCCUAAAUGUUACUUGGGCCCAAGGAGGACCAGCCACAGCAUAUUAUUCUGUGAUCCCAAAUUCCCCAAAAAACGCCCUCUAAUACAUCAUCUCAACCAAUCCCACCAUUCGUCGCAGUACUCCCCACCUCAACUCUCUCUCUCUCUCUCUCUCUCUCUCUCUCUCUCACCCUCCGAAUUAGCGGCGGCGGCGGCGGCGAAGAAGGAAGAAGAUGCCGGGGGGGCACCACGAGGUUAACAGCAGCGGCGGCGGCGCCAGCAGGUCCAAGGACGAGGAGAACGGCGGCGUCGGCGGCGGCGGGGGGACAAGGGGUGGGGUGCCGCGGGCGCUGUCUCCGGAGGCGGUGCCGGCGUACCCUCCGCCGGAGUCGGAGGAGGAGGAGAGCUGGGUGUGGUCGCAGAUCAAGGCGGAGGCGCGGCGCGACGCGGAAUCGGAGCCGGCGCUGGCGAGCUACCUGUACGCGACGGUGCUGUCGCACCCGUCGCUCCCCCGAUCGCUGUCGUUCCACCUGGCCAACAAGCUCUGCUCCUCCACGCUGCUCUCGACCCUGCUCUACGACCUCUUCCUCGCCUCCUUCUCCGCCAACCCCUCGCUCCGCUCCGCCGCCGUCGCCGACCUGCUCGCCGCCCGCCAGCGCGACCCCGCCUGCGCCUCCUUCUCCCACUGCCUGCUCAACUACAAGGGCUUCCUCGCCAUCCAGGCCCACCGCGUCGCCCACCUCCUCUGGCUGCAGCACCGCGGCCCCCUCGCCCUCGCCCUCCACUCCCGCGUCGCCGACGUCUUCGCCGUCGACAUCCACCCCGCCGCCCGCGUCGGCAAGGGCAUCCUCCUCGACCACGCCACCGGCCUCGUCAUCGGCGAGACCGCCGUCGUCGGCAACAACGUCUCCCUCCUCCACCACGUCACCCUCGGCGGCACCGGCAAGGCCGUCGGCGACCGCCACCCCAAGAUUGGCGACGGCGUCCUCAUCGGCGCCGGCGCCACCAUCCUCGGCAACGUCCGCAUCGGCGCCGGCGCCAAGAUCGGCGCCGGCUCCGUCGUCCUCACCGACGUCCCCCCCCGGCUCGUCGGCGGCAAGGAGAAGCCCGCGCGCCACGAGGACGUCCCCGGCGAGUCCAUGGACCACACCUCCUUCAUGGACCAGUGGUCCGACUACACCAUCUAGUCUCCUUUUUCAAAGGUUUUAACCGCCGCCGCUGCCGCUGCCGCCGCCCCCACCCCCACCCCCUCUGCUCUGCUGCAACAUCUCCAUUCAUUAGGUAUAUAUGGCAAGUUGCUCCUGCUCCUCCCCCUUCUAGGAAUACUAAUAAC